CUGCAACCCAGUCCCGUCAUCAACGUCGUCUUCGUCGCAUCCGCUGCUAUCGACACCACAGCAGCAACAGCUACAAACAGCAACUACAAAAGCUUUGACACCCACAUCAGCAGCAGCCAACGCUGCAGUCGCAGCUCGCGCCAUGAAUGGCAUCAACGGCGGCACCGUGCCGGGCAUGGUCGGCUUGCCCACCCCGGCCGCCCACCAAGCCGAGCUCAACUACAUCUAUGGCAUGGUGGAGGAGCUGAGCCGACAGCUUGCCGAAAACCAGCGCACCCUAGAGGAGGUCAUUUCCGGCGUCGGCCGAGUGCGCAGCCUCGCGAGGACGCAUGCACUCGGUAACGAGGAGCUGAUCAAUUCGGCCGCCGACGAGCUCAAGGCCCAAGACGCCAACCUCGACACACUGAUCUCCGUCCUCUCCGAGUCCCUCGAAAAAGCCAAAUUCAGCCGCGACGCCAACGCCGCCCUGCUCUCCCAAUACGCCUCGGUGCUCUCCACCAUGCUGAAGCAAUUCCACGAGUACAAGUCCCGCCACGUAGCCGACGUAUCAGCAUGGCACCGCAGCUACCGGGCGCAGCUGGCUGAGGCGCGGGCCGAGAACUGCCGGCUGCGCGAGCAGAUCUGGGAGAUGCAGGCGCGCGCGGGUACAGCCAACGAGCUCUUGCGCCGGUUCCGUGCCAACUACGACGCCGACCCUGAUAGAUGGGACCGCCGCGUCCGGUCAAGGGCGGUGCGCCAGGAGCUAAGAUUCUGGAAGCGCCUUGCUAUGCCACAUCUGCCUGACGAUGAUCCGUAUUGGAAUUGCUGCGGCUGCGGCUGCGGCGGCGGAGGCGGCGGAGGCUGCUGAGUUGAGGGAGCUUGUGACGGCCGGCGGCGGUGGUGGUGGUGGUGGUGGGGAUGGUGCUGCCGCUGCUGUGGGAGAGGACGGGAAGGUGCCGCCCGAGGUACCGUCUGCGCCGGGGCUUUCGCAGAGCGUAAUGAUGGGCGGGCUGCCUAUGCAGAGGGAGGAUAGCGGGAACGUCAUGUUGCCAGUUCACGUGCCUGUUCCGCCGCCGAGACCGUCGAGCGCUGCGAGCAGCACCGGGUCGUCUGGCCUUUGAAGGAUUCUCUCAUGUCGGGUUGGGUUUCUGGUUGACACUGUUUUAUUAAUGAGGGUCUCUACGGGUUUAUGCGUGCAUGAUGCAUGACGUUGGAGUCUAAGGUGUUUUUAGGGCAUGGCGUUGAUACAGAGAGAAAUUGGCUGUAGAUUUAUGUUCCAUGAUAUCCGUGUAAACCAUCAAGAGUUGAG